AUGAUCCAGACAAUCGCCUACGGACUGCUAGGUGUGGUGUUGAUUGCGUAUGCCGCCGAACGCCUGUUUAGCAUUACAGACGAUUGUCGAGAACCUGUGCGACUUCGACCCAAGGUACCGCUGAUCGGACAUAUACUUGGAAUCAUAACCAGUGGCCCAUCGUAUCAUAGCCAGCUGAGAACUGCCACCGACCAAGAAAUAUUCACUUUAGGCAUAUUUAACUUCAAGCUCUACACCAGCGUCUCAACACGACUGUUACCGGCCAUCCAGCGACAAUCGAAGACACUCUCCUUUCGACCGCUCAUUCAACAUGUGGCGCGGCGAUGGGGUGACGCGAGCGACGAGACAAAAGAGAUUUUUGGCGGUCCGCAUUUGGUCACCAAAUUCAGCCAUGCGAUGAAAUUGAGCUUGGCGCCGGGUCCACAUCUCGAUGAGCAAAAUGAAAGGAUGGCAAAACGAGCGCUGGUAGGUAUCGACGCUUUGCUUGAGCCGUUGUAUGUGAAAGAUGCAGGGAAACGCCAGAUUAAGCUCCUGGAAUGGGCGCGACAUGCUAUUUCCCAGGCAUCAAGCUGUGGGGUGUACGGGACAGAGCAUCCGUUCCUUGAUAUUGAGGUCGAAGAAGCAUUUUGGACGUGGCACGCCCAUCUCUCCGCACACAUUUCGGGGUUGAAUCUCGACCUUCUAGGAAAGGGAUAUGCCGCUCGUCAAAAGGUCUUCGACGCGCAUGUAAAGUACUGUAAGAAUAUCCCGCCAGAUGCAUCAUUCAUUUUCAAAGAACGCUGGCGCGUCCUACAGGAAGCUGGUAUUUCAGAGACCGACUGCAUCAAGCAACAAGCCACCCUGCCCAUUGGAAUGUUAAGCAACACUGUGCCAACAUUCUACUGGACCAUCUGGGAACUGUUCUCUCGGGACGAGCUUCUUCGCGACGUGCGUCAGGAACUGGAAGCGCAAGCGGUUAUAAGACAGGACGACAGAUAUGCGCUCGACGUCGGUGCUCUGAAGUGCAAGUGUCCACUUCUCCUUUCAGUCUUCCAAGAGACCCAGCGCCUUCGGCACAUCCACGCCGCCAUUCGCAGGGUGAUGAAAGAUACUCUGCUAGAUGGCAAGUAUCUUCUCAAGGAAGGAAACUAUCUCCAGAUGCCAGGACAUUCGAUCCAUUCAAAUGAGACCAUCUGGGGCCCGUCGGCGCGAGAAUUCGAUCCGUCUCGAUUUAGGAAUGCAGAAAAGCAUGCUGGCAGUGACUUUCUGGCCUGGGGUGCACCUCCACAUUUAUGUCCUGCUCGACAGUUCGCUGCAACAGAGAUCUUGAUUCUGGUAGCUCUCCUGGCGAUACGAGCCGAUCUAAGGCCUGUGAGUGGAGCUUGGGAGAAGGAUCCAGCAUUGGACUUUAAUGACCCGGUCACAGUCCUAAAUCCAAAGAAAGACGUGCAAAUGCAUGUCAGCGUUAGAGAACAAUGGGUUGGAAAGUGGGCAUUGCAUAUGUCACCGAGUCAAACUCGUGUUCCUCUAGCUUCGGGUUGA